AUAUAUAUGGUAUAUCACCAUCCUUUACGUCCAUGGCACGAUGUAUUGAUGUAAUUGGCGUCGAUGUUCACACCACUGUAAGUUGAAGUCAAUGGGACAAAACGCAAAUGAAAAUUGCAAGUGUGAAAUCGGAGACAACAAAUAAUUAAAAGCUCAAUUUGGGAUCGAUCUCUCUCUAGCUAUCUCCGAUCGCUAGAGGAGAGACCACCAAUCACCAUGAUCAACAAUCUUAUUCUUCUCCUGCAAAUAAUUUUGGGCCACUUGGCAGUCCUGCCCAUGCCAACGCUGGCCGCCGUAUUCCUGAGCAUAGACUGUGGCUCCUCGGAUUCUUUCACUGACGCGAACAAUAUCACAUGGGUCAGAGACCAUCCCUACAUCACAAGCGGUGUAAACCAAAUCGUUCAAAGUGCCGAUAACUCAUCAGUUGCUCGUCAAUACACAACGCGGAGAGUAUUCCCCAUCAGAAAGAAGAACUGCUACUCCAUAGGCGAGGUUGGGAAGGGAGAGCGUGUUCUUCUCCGUGCAUACUUUUACUACGGGAUUUACAGGGAUGAAACAUCGUCUGCACCGACUUUUGAUCUUCAGUUCGACGGCAACCACUGGGCUACGGUGGAUAAUAGCAGUGCAGACCCAUUUUACUACGAAGCGAUAUAUCUCACAAGGUUUGCUAGCAUAAGCGUAUGCGUUGCUAAGAAUGAGGGAUAUCCUGACGACGUACCAUUUAUUUCUGCAAUUGAAGUAAGGAGCUUGCAUUUAGGCAUGUACAGAGGAGUUGAUUCGACUUAUCCAUUGUAUAUCUACGAUAGAUCAAACUAUGGCGAAAAUGAAACAGUGAGGUACCCUAAGGACAAAUAUGAUCGCAUAUGGUACCCACUCCCAAGUGCCAAAGAUUUUGUUACCGUCAAGAACAACAUCAGUAUUUCGGUUAAAAACCUUCCAGAUGAGCCUCCAGAGACUGUAUUACGGACAGCACUUUAUAACCAAAACUCGUCCGAUUCUUAUCUUUGUAUAACCUUCUCCAAUUUGACAGCCAACAUGUACACCAUUUUCUAUUUCUCCGAAUUGUUGAAACUCAAUUCCUCAAAGCAGCGUUCGUUUUCGAUCUACAUGAAUGGAGAAAAUAUUUCCCCUCAGAUAAUCCCACCUCAUAAGAAGGGUUUGGAGUACAACUUCACUACAAAUAAAUCUGCAUCUGGGGACGAAUAUAACGCGAGGUACUGUCUGAACCGCACAGCCAACUCCACUCUACCGCCAAUAAUCAAUGCACUGGAAAUGUAUGAAAUCGGAAGUGUAUUAACAGAUGGAACAGACAUUAAACAUGUAAAAGCUCUGUCUUUGCUACAAAAGUUUUUUGUUCAACUUCAAGAUUGGAGUGGUGACCCCUGUCUUCCAAACGGAUUUCCCUGGGACUGGGUCCAAUGUACUGAUAGCGAUACACCUCAAAUAAUAGCACUGAAUCUCAGUAACUACGGACUUCAAGGUUCUCUCCCAGAUUUUAGCGCAUUGGAUACUCUCCAAAUAAUAGACUUGCAUAACAACAGUUUAAGUGGAGAAAUUCCUAGUUUCCUGGGAAACUUCCCUAACCUCACCACACUAAAUUUAGCAAAUAACAACUUUAGUGGAUCAAUACCCUCAUCAAUCACCGAUAACACCGAAUUAAAAUUUGAUGCCACAGGCAACAUGUAUUUAUUAUGUACUUCCAAUCAGUCUUGUUCUAAUUCUAGAAAUGCAACUUUGAGUACUCCACCGCCACCCGGAACUUUGAUUUUGCCGCCCCCCACCAACAGCUACAGCCACAGCAAGAUUAGUAAAAAAUUUUCAAUCAUCAAUGGGAUUGUAUUUCUGCUGGUGGUUCUUGUUUAUUAUUGAAAUUCCAGUAUAAUUUUAUUUGAUAUAAUAUGUAUCAGUUUUAAUCCCAUUAUUAAUGGGAAUAACAAGAAUUGUGUGUUUAUGUGCAGAAAAAUUUGGCUAAACCACCUUUUUUUGUUUA